UUAUCGGAUUCGGAAUUUUACGGAGUAGCAUUCGCUAGUUGUGUAGUAUUUCCAGCAUUAAUAUGAUUCCAUAAUAGUGUCCGGAAUUACCCGGUGGCAACUUGCGACGAGCUGUUGUUGCUGUGUUGUGUUCCCUUCGCUCGUCUAGCCCUUUCACUUCUUUCCACUCCGUUUUGGCCACGUUAUCACGCAAUAAAUCGCGCGAUUGUUUGGCCUGAGGUUGGAUUUAAAAGAACAACGAGAUCCGCUGUUCGUUUUAUUCGCUCGCGCGUCUCCGGUGCACCUUAAUCAUCAUGAGGAAUUAUGUGCCUGACUUAAUUAUUUGUUUUAUUGUCAUCAUUGCGAUAACCGUUGUGCGGUUGGGGUCUCACAUUAUCUACGAAUCGCUUAAUAAUGGUCCCGUGUCGUUGGAAAAUGCAUCACCGUUGGAGGGAGCAGAACCACAGCUUGAACUUACCCUAAGCCAACUCAUCGACAAAACAUCGAAACAGUACUCCUGGCUGCUCCGGUUGACGGUGAACCUGUUCGGAUAUCUGUGCAUCUUUGUGCCCGGUGUACUGAUCUACAAGUACUCCAAGCGUAGCAAAUAUCUUGAGCGUUCCGAACGGUCACACCUUGCAUCGUUGGUGAAGUUUUGCUUCUCCGGAUCGGGAUCGGAUGAUCGUUCACUGGAGCACGGAGCUACCGGAAGCCAGAGUGCCGGUAAGGGCACCGCCAACAAGCGCACAACGGCCCAGGAAUGUAGACUGCUCACCUACUGCCUCGUGGGCCUGAUGGGAUCCUACCUGACCUGGGGUUUGCUUCAGGAAAAGAUUAUGACUCAAGAGUACGAGGGUCCGGAGAAGCGGAAAUCGCACUUCAAAGAUUCCCAGUUUCUGGUGUUUUCGAACCGUGUGCUGGGUUUCAUGAUCACCGCCGUGUAUCUCGUGGCCAAGCGACAAUUCCGCCAUCGUGCACCACUGUACAAGUACUCGUUCGCGUCGUUCUCCAAUAUCAUGAGCGCCUGGUUCCAGUAUGAGGCGCUCAAGUUUGUGAACUUUCCUACGCAGGUGCUGGCUAAAUCCUGCAAAAUCAUUCCGGUGAUGAUCAUGGGCAAGAUUAUAUCGCGCAACAAGUACGAGUUCUACGAGUAUUUGACGGCAGUGAUGAUCUCCGUCGGAAUGAUCUUCUUUCUGACCGGCUCCACCGACGAAUCGAAGGCGACCGCCAUAACGACGUUGACGGGCGUGCUGCUGCUCACGUUGUAUAUGAUCUUCGAUAGCUUCACUUCCAACUGGCAGGGAGAGUUAUUCAAGACCUAUUCGAUGUCCUCUAUUCAGAUGAUGUGUGGCGUGAAUCUCUUCAGUACCCUCUUCACGGGGGCUUCGUUGGCCAUGCAGGGUGGGUUCUAUAGCUCGCUUGUGUUUGCCGUCGAUCAUCCAAAGUUUGUGAUCGAUUGUGUCGUGCUCUCGAUCUCGUCGGCCAUCGGGCAACUAUUCAUCUUCUAUACGAUAGCGACGUUCGGUGCCGUCGUGUUUACGAUCAUCAUGACACUCCGGCAAGCGAUCGCUAUUCUGCUCUCUUGUCUUAUCUAUCAGCAUCGCAUUUCAUUCCUCGGUGUGAUCGGUGUGCUGAUCGUGUUUCUUGCAAUAUUCCUGCGUGUUUACUGUAACCAGCGGCUGAAAGCGAUCAAACAGAGACAUCAAGCGGCGCAAAGUCUAGUAAAGCCACGUAUUAACGUUUAGAGACGUUGUGCUUGGGUUCCCUCUUACUUAAGUAAUCAUAAGGCGGUAUUGCUAGAACCCUCGGGCCAUUUCUAAACGAGAACAACGGUAGAUGGUUUUAAGGAACAACAGCCAUGGCUAGAUGGUCCGCUCCGAACGACGCUUAGCGGUAGAUUCUAGGACGGCAAUAGAUUUUACGGCUUAACGCAGGGCUGCCAACGCUUAAAUGAAGUAUUUAUGUACAGCAGAUUUCUCGAAAGUAAUGAAAAAAAACCGAAUCUUACGCAUUAGUGGCGGGCAGUGUACGCCAAAUUACAUCCAAAUGCUUGCUGUAACCAAAAAUGUGAAUAUCUAAUUUACAGUUCGAGUGUAACGGAACGUAGAGACCACUUCCAGUGAAACAUCUAAAAGGCAUCCAGUGAAAGGAAAGAGGAAAAGGUUGUUUGAAACAAAGCUGGUUGCGAGUCAAAGCGCAAAUAAAAUUUUAUGUAGUUGAUUCGACAAGCAAAA